AUGGCUUGCUUCUGCUUCGAUUCUAAAUCAUCGAAUUCGAGUCCCAAAUCUGAAGCCGGACGGCCUAACGACGUGUUCUUGACCUUCCGAGCCAAGCACGUUUCACUAAAAUUUCUCCAAAACUCGAUCCAAGAUGCCACAAUCAAAACAUUCACUAGCUGCCGGGAAAAUAUCAUCCCAAUCCUGUUGGGAGCCAUCGAAGAGUCCAGAAUUGUUAUCGUUAAUUUCAAUGAAGAGUUCGGCAAUUCCAAAUACUAUCUGGAAGAGCUGCAGAAAAUGAUGAAGCUUACCAGAAAUGAGGGUAAAAUGGUGCUAGCCGUUGUGCGAGGCAUUAGGUCUUCGGAUUUACAUCAGCAGAUCGGCAGGUUAGCGGAAUUAGCAUUGGGAACUUCUUCAUUAUCAGGCUGUAGAGUGUCGACACGAACCCACAGGCCGAGUCAUAGCCAAAUGAUGAGAGAAAUCAAUCAAGUCUUAAAGAUAGAACUACAGAUAUCGGAUAUCUCGCAACAUCUAGUGGGGAUGCAAGCUCGUGUGAGAGAAGUGCUUAAUUUGUCCAAAUACUAUUCAAUUGAUAUUGAAAAAAAUGUGAUGAUAGUAGGUAUAUGGGGAGUUGGUGGAAUUGGCAAAACAACUCUUGCCAGAACAAUUUAUGAUACAAUUGGUGGCAGUUUUGAGUGUAAAAGUUUCCUUGAAAAUAUCAAGAAUGUCUGGGUGAAAGAUAAUGGUCAAGUUUGUUUGCAAGAACAACUUUUUUCAGAUAUUUCCAAAGCAAAACAUGUGAAGAUACUUGACACUGGAAUGGGAAUCAUACAAUUGAAGAAAGUACUACAAAAUAAAAGGGCACUUGUAGUACUUGAUGAUGUUAGUGAAGUAGACCAACUCAUAACAUUGUGUGGAGGUUGUCAAUGGUUUGGUUUCGGGAGUAUGAUACUAUUUACAGCUAGAAAUGAACAUCUACUUGCUCAAUUUAAAGCCACAUAUUUCUAUGAAAUGAAAAGCAUGGAUGAAAGUGAAUCUCUUGAACUGUUCAGUUGGAAUGCAUUCAAGCAAUCUAGUCCUAGAAAUGGUUUCAUUGAUCUUACUGAAAGAGUUAUUACUUAUUGUGAAGGAUUACCACUGGUUCUUCAAGUCCUUGGUUCUCUUCUGUUUAAUAGGACAAAACUGGAGUGGGAAAGUGUGUUGAAAAAGUUGAAUAGCAUUCCCACAGGUAGAAUACAAGAGAAACUCAAAAUAGGCUAUGAAUAUUUAGAUCAUUCGGUGAAAGAUAUAUUUUUUAAUAUAGCUUGUUUUUAUGUGGGUGGGGAAAAACAAUAUGUCACACAAAAAUUAAGUGGCUUUCAAUUUCCUGUAGAAACUGGAAUAAGCAUGCUCAUUGAGCGAAGCUUUUUAAAAGUAGACAUGAAUAACAAGCUUGAUAUGCAUGAUUUGUCGCAAGAGAUUGGAAAGGAAAUCAAUCUUAACAAGCCAAAACCAAAACAUACUUAUGAGGUGUUCUUGAGCUUUAGAGGUGAAGAUACACGUAGGUCUUUUGCUACUCAUCUUUAUGCUGCAUUGGAAAAGGCUGGUGUUGCAGUUUUUAUGGAUAGUGAAAUUAAAGGAGGAGAAAAUAUCUCAUCGUCACUUAUUCAAGCAAUUGAAGGCUCCAAAAUGUCUAUCAUUAUCUUAUCAAUCAAUUAUGCCGGUUCAAGUUGGUGUUUGCAAGAACUAGAGAAAAUUAUGGAGUGUCACAGAAAUGUUGGUCAAGAUGUUUUACCAAUAUUCUAUCAUGUGCAACCAUCAGAUGUUCGUAAGCAAACUGGUGCUUUUGGAAGAGCAUUGGAAACACUCACAACGAGAAUCUCAAGUAACAUACACAAGAAAUUGAGUUGGACAAGGGCACUCAAGGAAGCUGCCAACUUAUCUGGAUGGGAUUCGCAUCAUUUUAGAACCGAUGCUGAGUUGAUUGAUAAUGUUAUUGAAACUGUUACCAAGAAGCUAGACAACAACACAUAUUUGUUUGUUGCUCAACAUCCAGUGGGAGUGAAGUCUCGCUUACUAGAAAUCGUCCAAUUGUUAAGUAGGAAAUCAAAUGAGAUUAUGUUUGUAGGGAUUUUUGGUAUGGGAGGAAUUGGCAAGACAACUAUUGCCAAAGCCAUUUACAAUGAAAUUGGUCGAAGCUUUGAGGGUAAAAGUUUCCUUAGAGAUAUUAGGCAAGUUUGGGAGCAGAAAAAUGGUCAAGUUUAUUUGCAAGAACAACUUCUUUUGGAUAUUCUAGAGACCAGAAGGAUGGCAGUUCAUAGCAUUGAAUUGAUAAUGAAGGAAAGGUUUUGCCAUAAGAGGUCACUUAUUGUACUUGAUGAUGUAAAUAAUGUUGACCAACUCAAUGCUCUAUGUGGAAGUCGUGCAUGGUUUGGACCAGGCAGUAGAAUAAUAGUCACUACUAGAGAUGAGCAUAUACUUAAGAUCCUUCAAGCAGAUAAUAGAUACAAUAUGAAAGAAAUGGAUGACAAUGAAUCUCUUGAACUUUUUAGUUGGCAUGCAUUUAAGCAAGCAAGUCCAGAACAAGAUUUUGUUGAUCUCUCGAAAAGGGUCAUUGCUUACUCUGAAGGACUGCCACUAGCUCUUGAAAUCCUAGGAUGUUGUUUGUUUGGCCGGCCAGUACAAGCUUGGGAAAGUGUCUUGGACAAAUUACAAAGAAUUCCAAAUGAUCAAAUACAUAAAAAGCUAAAAAUAAGCUAUGAUGGCUUGAGUGAUGAUAUGGAGAAAGAUAUAUUCUUGGAUAUAUGCUGUUUUUUUAUUGGUAAGGAUAGAAAUUAUUGUGCACAGAUAUUAAAUGGCUGUGGACUUCAUGCAGAGAUUGGAAUUACUCGACUAAUGGAGCGAAGCCUUGUAAAAGUUGACACUAAUAACAAGCUUGAUAUGCAUGGCUUAUUACGUGACAUGGGAAGAGAGAUCGUUCGUGAAAAGUCACCAGAUAAGCCUGAGAAACGCACAAGAUUGUGGAUGCACAAUGAUGUGAUUGAUGUGUUAAGAAACCAUGUGGGAACCAUUGCUAUCAAGGGGCUGGCUCUGAAUUUGUCAAGAACCAAUACACUUUCCUUUGAUGCAACUGCAUUCAUGAUGAUGAAGAGACUUAAAUUGCUUCAACUUGGCCAUGUAAACUUUGAAGGGAACUAUGAAUGUCUAUCGAAAGAGUUGCGGUGGCUUUGUUGGCAUGGGUGUUCUUUAAGUUACAUGCCUGAGAAUUUUUAUCAAGAAAAUGCAGUUGUUAUCGACUUAAAAUAUAAUCAUCUCAUAGAAGUAUGGAAGAAGUGCCAGCUGAUGGAAAAGUUAAAAAUUCUCAAUCUAAGUCAUUCAUAUGACUUGAAGAAGACGCCCAACUUUUCAAAGUUGCCAAAUCUUGAAAAGCUGAUUCUUAAAGAUUGUCCACGUUUGUCUUCGAUUAAUGAAUCCAUUGGAGAUCUGAAAUGCUUGAUUUUGGUGAAUUUGAAGGAUUGUAAAGAUCUUAGUGAUUUGCCUAGAAGUUUAUAUAAUUUGAAAUCACUGAAAACUCUCAAUAUUUCUGGUUGCUCAAAGAUUGGAAGACUAGAAGAAGGUAUCAAGCAGAUGAAAUCCUUGACAACUCUUCUUGCAAAAGAAACUGCUAUAACACAAGUUCCCUCUUCAUUGGUGAGAUUAAAAGGCAUAAAAUAUGUGUCAUUAUGUGGUUAUGAAGGAUCAUCACAUGAUGUAUUUCCUCCUCUCAUUUGGUCUUGGAUGUCCCCAACAAAUAAUCCAAGAUCCCUCAUUCAUACAUUUGCUAGCAUGCCAUUUUUAUUAAGAAAUCUAUUUCGUAGUCUUUCUAACCAAAGUAGUCAAAAAUUGGAAACAAGACCAAGCACAUCCCUAUUGUCAACUGCAAAAACUCCAGCAUUAAUUAGCUUUCGUGAACAAGCUGACAAUGCAGAGGCUGAAAAUUUCUUGAGUUCCCUUACUAUUCAAGUGGGAGGAUUUAACAGAAUUGUUGAUGCGUUACUGAAGAGAAUCCCGCAGGGAUGGAGAGAUGAAGGACUUGGUUGUUCUCUUCCUGGAGACAAUUAUCCUGAUUGGCUAGCUUUUGAAAAUGAAGGUCCCUCAACAUCAUUUAAAGUGUCUCAAGUUGUUAGUCGUUGUUUAAAAAGGAUGAUCAUCUGCAUUAUCUAUUCAUCCCGAGGUAGCAUGACAUCUGUAUAUCCUGUUAGUGUCAUGAUAAAGAAUUUCACAAAGGCUACCAUCAAGGUUUACCAGAGAGAUGCUGCAACUACUGGUGAUGAGGAAUGGGAAAACAUUAUAUCUAGUUUUGGGCCUGAAAAUGAAGUGGAAGUUGUAGUUAAUUUUGCACAUAAAUGCACUGUGAAGAAGACUGCUGUUUAUCUAGUAUAUGAAGAUGAAAUUGACAACAAAUGGUUUGAGCAUCAAUGAAAGAAUCAUCAAACAGCGCUGAAUCUCUGACCAUAUACAUGGGAGGAUUAAUCUCACAACACUCGGACAGAAGAGGGUAAUACAGAUGACAAAUGCUUUGGGAUUCCUUUAUUUUUCAAGCUUUUUGUAAUUUGCUGGGGAGAGAGAAAGAAGCAUCUUCAUUUGUCAGACUCUUAAGACAAAGCAAGGGAAGGGUUCCCAAUUUGCAAUUGCUAGCAUGGCUGCUUGGAGAAUGUAGCAUACGGAAUUCAAAUUUUUUUCCUCGGGUUGAGGAGAACAUGCUAAAAGCAAGAAGAACAUAUAGGAGUGCUGUUUGAGGUAACUUUUAUUGCUAAAAUGUCUAACCUCUAGAUACAUGCCCAUUAGUUGAUAGGUGAUUUUGCAGCCCUUGGAUGAUGAUGUGUGCUGCACUUUGGACAGCUUUUGGGGUCUGCAUUUAUUACUCUUCUUGGUUGAGAAUUUGAUGAUUGUGCAUCACAUUAUUAGUUGAGGACCUUGUAGUAGAAGCGCAAGAAAAGGUAAGCCAUAGUGAAUUUGACAGUAUUAGGAAAUAAAUGUGAAUUGCUGUACCAGUGACACACAUUCCUUCCCAAUCUCAACAGAGGAAUUCAACCCAUCAUCAGUUCUCAAGUCCUUAGUGAUUUGUUUCUCUGGUGAAGCACUUCAAUUCAAGCUUAAGCACUUCAAUUAUAUCGCAUGUUGCUUGUCUCACAAGGCUAAUUUAGUUUUGGGGUUGGGGAGCAAGCUUCUCUGGGUAAGAUAAUUAAGAUAAUUGUCUUCUGCGAUCAUCAGUCUGGCCAUUAUAUGGAUUACUAUUAGAGAAAAUCAAUCUACAAGUCUUUAUAGUUUCCUCUGUUUUGAAUAAGGACCCUAUAGUUUAUUUUGUUUUACUUGUGCUUUUAUAGUUUAAUCCAUUGGAUUUUUUUAAUCCCUGAAGGUUAAAGUCCUUGAGUUUGCUAUAAACUUUAGAAGUAUUAUUGUUUUAGAAAAGUUAAUCAUUUAUCAAUAAUUUUAACCCUCAGGGAUUAACAUAUCUCAUGGAUCAAGCUAUAAGGAUUUGUUAAAAUAAAAUAAAUUACAGGAAUCUAAUUCAGAAUUGAAAGAAACUAUAAGGGCCUAUGAAUUCUCUUACUAUUAUUUGUUUAUCUUCCACUGAAGAAGGAUUGGAAUGCCACGGUUUGGUUAUUGGGCUUUGACUUCUUUAUGUUGCUGAGCAGGCACUUGCUGUGCUCUAUUCAUAUGUGAAUAAACUUCUCACAUACACAGCUCCCUUCAAUCAUGAAUUGAAACAACUUUGAAAUUCAUAUUUUGCAUAUGGAAUCAGACCCCUUUUGUUGAA